AGUUAGUAUAGGUCGUUUGUGAAUAGCCGUGUGGUCGCUCUGCUCUCAACGUGGGCUGUGGAUGUGGCAGCUUAGCACAGCCAGCCUGACUACGUGUCUUUCCCUCCCAAGUCAACUACCAAGUGUAGUUUGGGCUGACUUUCUAGCUAUAUAUCAUAGAUAGGUUUUCACUGCAAUGUUUGCCAGACUCAAUUUGUGCUCUCACUUGCCAUCCAGAUUUCGGCAAGUGAGUGUCAGCCCUGUCUCUAUCAGAACAUUUUCCCAGGCAAAAUUCUCACAUCCACGCUCACAUGGGAAAUCUUUUGCCCACCGGAGUGAUUUGAAGCAAGCCAAGCGCAUCGUGGUGAAAUUGGGGAGCGCUGUAGUGACGCGGGGCGAUGAAUGUGGACUGGCAUUGGGGAGACUGGCCUCCAUCGUAGAACAGGUGGCCAUGCUACAGAAUCAAGGCAGGGAGAUGAUGAUUGUCACCAGCGGUGCUGUGGCAUUUGGGAAGCAGAGGCUAAGACACGAAAUCCUGUUGUCUCAAAGUGUCAGGCAGGCUUUACAUUCAGGACAAAACCAGUUGAAGGAAAUGGCAAUUCCAGUGUUGGAGGCAAGGGCUUGUGCAGCUGCAGGCCAGAGUGGUCUGAUGGCGUUGUAUGAAGCGAUGUUUACACAAUAUAGCAUCUGCACUGCUCAAAUUCUAGUCACAAACUUGGAUUUUCAUGACGAGCAGAAGCGGCGCAACCUUAACAGCACACUUCUUGAACUUCUGCGGAUGAACAUAGUUCCCAUCAUUAACACCAAUGAUGCUGUUGUGCCCCCCCCUGUUCCCAACAGUGACAUGCAGGGGGUAAAUGUAAUAAGCAUCAAAGAUAAUGACAGUUUGGCUGCACGUCUUUCUGUUGAAAUGAAAGUAGACCUGCUGAUUGCCCUGUCUGAUGUUCAAGGCCUAUAUGACAGUCCUCCAGGGACUGAUGAUGCCAAACUCAUUGAUAUUUUCUAUCCUGGAGACCAGCAGUCCAUCACGUAUGGCAACAAGUCAAGAGUUGGCAUUGGUGGCAUGGAAGCCAAGGUGAAAGCGGCUCUUUGGGCACUACAGGGUGGUUCAUCUGUGGUCAUUGCCAAUGGCACCGAUCCCAAAGUCACAGGCCACGUCAUCACAGAUAUUGUGGAGGGAAAGAAAGUUGGUACCUUCUUUUCUGAAGUGAAGCCUGCAGGUCCCACUGUGGAGCAGCAGACAGAGAUGGCCCGUCACGCCGGUAGAACUUUGGCUUCAUUGCUCCCAGAGCAGAGAGGAGAAAUCAUCUGUGCUCUUGCUGAUCUGCUGACAGAGAAAAAAGAUGAGAUUCUCAGUGCAAACAAGAGAGACAUGGAAAUAGCGACAGUAUCAGGUCGUUUCUCCCAGGCUCUUAUCGACAGGCUGAGUCUGUCAACAGCUAAAUUGAACAGCCUUGCCAUUGGCUUGCGUCAGCUAGCAGUCUCCUCAAGAGACAGUGUUGGCCGAGUGCUGCGAAGAACCAGGAUUGCUAACAACCUUGAGCUGGAGCAGAUCACUGUCCCAAUUGGUGUCCUGCUGGUCAUCUUUGAGUCGCGGCCUGACUGUCUGCCACAGGUAUCUGCUUUGGCUAUUGCCAGUGGAAAUGCUUUGCUACUAAAGGGCGGCAAAGAAGCUUCCAACACCAACAGAAUUCUUCAUCAACUCACCCAGGAAGCACUUUCUAUUCAUGGAGUAACAGAUGCUGUUCAACUAGUUAGCACACGAGAAGAAGUUGAAGAUUUAUGCCGACUGGACAAGAUUAUUGACCUGAUUAUUCCAAGAGGUUCAUCUCAGCUGGUGCGAGAUAUCCAGAGAGCAGCGAAGGGUAUCCCUGUGCUGGGCCACAGCGAGGGUGUCUGUCAUGUUUACAUUGACAGCGAAGCAAGCAUAGACAAAGCAGUUGACAUCGUCCGAGACUCUAAGUGUGACUACCCUGCAGCCUGCAAUGCUAUGGAAACCCUCCUAAUUCAUAGAGACUUGUUGCGAACGGCAAUGUUUGACCAGAUCAUCGAUAUGCUGAGAACGGAACAAGUAAAAAUCCACGCUGGUCCACGAUUUGCAUCCUAUCUAACUUUCAGCCCAUCUGAGGUGAAGUCCCUGCGAACGGAGUACGGGGAACUGGAGUGCUGCAUUGAGGUGGUCGACAGCAUGGAGGAAGCUGUAGACCAUAUCCAUAAAUAUGGCAGCUCCCACACCGAUGUCAUAGUUACAGACAAUGAAGAGACGGCCGCACAGUUCCUGCAGCAGGUGGAUAGUGCUUGUGUUUUCUGGAACUCAAGCUCUCGCUUUGCUGAUGGUUACCGCUUCGGUCUAGGUGCUGAGGUAGGGAUCAGCACAUCACGCAUCCAUGCCAGAGGGCCAGUGGGCUUAGAAGGUCUUCUGACCACCAAAUGGGUCCUUCGCGGAGAAGGCCACACUGCAGCUGACUUCUCUGAGAACGGAAGUAUGAAAUAUCUUCAUGAAAACAUCCCUGUUCCCCAAGGGAGCUUCAGCUAGGCUCCUAUCCAAAGUGAUAUCAGUGACUUAGGUUUGCAAAAAAUACAUCGUGAGUGUAGUCCCAUGUUUUGUGUCUGCAAGUACUGCUUGUAAAUGUGGUGUGUAUAGAAAGCUUGCAUACAGAACAAUGACUCUUUUUACCACACAACUGUUUUGUUUUACAAAACCUGUGCACCAGUUGUUGACACUCUAAUUUAAAAACAAAUCAAACCGCUGGAAAACUUAAUACAGUUUUGGACAUGGGAAAUAUGACAGGUCAAAGGUAAUAAGUGACAGCUCUUUGUCACAUGUUUUUCCCGGUGAUAAAGAAAUAAAACCGCUAAUAAUGAUGGUAUUUAAUUUAUUUUUCUACAAAUUACACACCAACCUUGCCUUUUUGUAUUUUACUGUUGGAGUUUCCUACUGCAGAUUUGUUUUGCUGUGUAUCUUCUUGAGGUAGAUCAUUUGAAUAAAAAUCUAGUAA